AUGCAUCCACCUGCCCGAGUCGAUGUGGGCAACAUGAGACUGUACGUUCCAAAGAAGAUGCAUUCGCUCUCACAAUGGGCAUGUUGUGAUGGGCUUAAGAAGGCUGAGCCAGAGCAUGUCUAUUCUGAUGUCAUUUGUCAAUUCUAUUCGAUGCUGUAUCCUGAGAAAUUUGAAUUUCAUAGCUCCUCUUUCCAAUUCAAAUCUCCUGAUUUUAGGGUCUCCUUUCCUGAGCAUAUAUCGAGGACUCCGAGGAGCGCAAUGUCCCAUCCGAUCCAUCCGUCAACAUCAGCGACGCGCAAGCGCAAUUUCACGACCUACGCCGACUAUGAUACCCACAUUGCGCACCGGUAUGCACCCACGGCAUCUAGUAGCCGCAAAAUUGAAGUUAUCGACCUUACACAAGACUCGCCCAAGAAGGCGCCUCCGCCGAAGAAGAGCAAGCGUGACCCUGACGCGCCUGUUCAGGAGAAGCGGGCCAGGAUAUUUCGCAAAAAGGCGCCACAGAGCUAUCUCGUUGUAAAAGAACGGGCGCUUACACAGCGCUUGACGGUACUCUCGCGCGAGCGCUGCGGAACCGAUGAUGUGCCUGAGGAGAAGGUUCUCAUCGCAGGCACGACAGGCAACGUGUACACAGUCUCCAUUGGCCUCGUUCCCUCGUGCGACUGUCCACAUGCAAAAGGAGGCCAUCAAUGCAAGCACAUUAUAUACGUCAUGCUAAGAGUGUUGAAGGCGCGAGAGGAGAUUGCAUAUCAGCUAGCUCUUGUUAGCUCCGAGUUGCGCGAAGUCAUGAGGAAUGCGCCACCCAUCCCCGGCACCGAGACGGAGAAGCAGAGCGAGGAUGGCAAUCGCAAGCCCAUUGAAGGCGAAUGUCCCAUCUGUUAUGACGAGCUUGAUGCCAAGGAAGAUACUGUAUUCUGCAAGACCAGUUGCGGAAACAAUAUACACAAGGUUUGCAUGCAGAACUGGGUGGCUGCAGCUAGAAACAAUGCGACUUGCCCAUACUGCCGUGCCAAUUGGGAUACAGAUGCACUGUUGGCAAGCAAAGUCGGUAAUAUAAACACCAGUGAGUUGCAAAGGAACGAAGAGGGUUACAUCAAUGUCGCCUCUCAGUUGGGCUUGUCUGGUUCCAGAGACUACUCGACGUACUACAGUGGACGACGGCGACAUGGAUAUUUUUAUCAUCAUUACUAG